CUGCUCAUCAUCUACCGGCAGCUAGUAUCAUCAAAAUACACAACAAGAGUAUACAAAAAUGUCGAAAGGAGCCUCCCUCAACUUUAAACAACAUGAUUUGACUUCAUACCUCAAAUCAGGAUCUACACACUUCUCUGGUAUGCACGCCGUUACCUUGAGAAAUAUUGAAGCCUGCCAAAAUUUGAGCAAGAUUGUUAGAACAUCUAUGGGACCAAAUGGUAUGAAUAAGAUUGUAGUAAAUCACUUGGAAAAACUCUUCAUUUCUAAAGACACAGCCACAAUUAUGAAGGAAUUGGAAGUUAUUCACCCAGCUGCAAAGAUUAUCGUAUUAGCUACCCAAGCACAAGAACAAGAAGCUGGAGACGGAACAAACUUUGUUUGUUGUUUUACUGGAGAAUUAUUAGCCCAAUCUGAAACCCUUAUCAGAAUGGGUUUGCACAUUCCUGAUAUUCUUCUUGGUUAUAAAAAAGCUGGUGCUAAAGCUCUCCAAGUUUUGGAAACUCUCGGAGUAAAAGAAGUAUCUGACAUUAGAAAUCUUGAUGAAGUAACAAAAUCCAUUGGUGCCACAAUUGGAAGUAAGGUUUUGGGUAUGGAAGAUUUCUUGGCUCCAUUGAUUGCUGAAGCUUGUAUUUCUGUUUGUCCAAAGACUGCCUCUAGAUUUAAUAUUGACAACAUUAGAACUGCUAAAAUACCAGGUGGUAGUGUUUAUGAUUCAAAGGUUUUGAAAGGAUUUGCUUUUGUUAGAGAUUCCGAAGGAUCAAUCAAACAUGUUAAAAAUUGUAAGGUUGCUGUCUACACUUGUAACAUUGACCAAACUUCUACAGAAACUAAGAAUAGUGUAGUUAUCAGAAGCUCAGAAGAACUUCUCAAUUAUAACCUUUCAGAAGAAAAGGCUAUGGAAGAAGAAAUCAAGGCUAUUGCCGAUUCAGGUGUUAAAGUUAUUGUGUCUCAAGGUGGAUUUGGUGAAAUGGCUCUUCACUUUAUUGAACAACACGGAAUGAUGGCUAUUAAAUGUCCAUCUAAAUUCCAAGUUCAAAGAUUGUGUCAAGCUAUUGGUGCCAGAAUGUUAGUUAAAUUGGUUCCUCCAACACCUGAUGAUAUGGGUACUGCUUCUGCUGUUGAUAUCACUGAAAUUGGUGACAAGAAAGUUGCUCUUUUCCAACAAGCCGAAGAUGUUGAUGUUUCAGGAAUUGCCACAAUUAUUAUUCGUGGUGCUACAGCAAAUGUUAUGGAUGAAGUUGAACGUGCUGUUGAUGAUGGUGUUAAUGCUUUCAAAUCAUUAGCAAAGGAUGCAAGACUUUUGGCAGGUGCAGGUGCUGUUGAAGUUGCUUUAUAUAAUGAACUUUCCAAGUAUGCUGAUGAAACACCAGGUUUAGAACAAUAUGCUAUCCGUAAAUUUGCUGAAGCUUUCCUUGUUGUUCCAAGAACUCUUGCUGAAAGUGCUGGUUUAGAUUCAUCAAUAGCAAUUUCCAACUUGACAGCUGCUCAUGCUGAAGGAAAGACAACUUGGGGUAUUGAUAUUUCUGAUAUUUCUGGCUUGGAUGCUAAGGAAAAUAAUAUUUUCGAUCUUUUAAGUACCAAAUAUUGGGGUGUUAAACUUUGCACAGAUGCUGCUAUCAAUAUUUUGAGUGUUGAUCAAAUUAUUAUGGCCAGACCAGCAGGUGGACCAAAGAUGAAGAAUCCAAAUGGAAACCAACAUUGGGAUGAACAAGGAGAAGGUCUCUAAGAAUCUUAUUUAUAAAAACAAACAUCAAAAA